CUCACUGAAGACACCAUAGAUGUGUUACAGUUCGAAAUUGUGACUCCAGAUGGCGAGUUCCGCAUUGCUAAUGCCUAUCAGAACGAGGACUUGUUCUGGGCUUUGAGAGGAGGCGGACCUGGCUUUGGAGUUGUAACCAAAGUCACUUAUAAGACUCAUCCUGCUAUCACCCAGAUGGUCUGGCUGAACGUUACCAUCAACUAUACACCGCAAUCCUACCCAAAUCUCAUGCGGACUUAUCUGUCACUACAGCCAAUGUUGAGCGCCCAAAACUUUUCUGGCUAUACGUACCCCGUCAAAGAUAAGGAUUCGACAACCAACACGAAUACCUGGUGGUCUAUAUGGGUUGUCCCCAACUCUGCGGAUAUAGCUGGAUCAAAUUCAGCUAUUAAGCCUAUAUUUGAUCUUGUUCAGAGCGAGACAAACGCAGGCCGACCCAUGUCAAUCAGCAACCAAAGUGCCGUGCUCCCAAGCUAUUUGGCCAUGUGGCCCGACAAUCCUAAGACAGCAAAGGAAAACACGGCAAUAAACCAGAUUUUGGGGAGUAGAUUGUUGCCUGUCAGUGCUUUUGAAGGUAACCUUGAUGCGUUUGUCGAUCUUCUCAAUACGACCGAUGUCACCCCCAUGUUCUUACACG